GUGGCGGCAAAGAUGAAUUUGGCUGAUGCAUGCAACAUGCUUGGAGUCAUGCUUGAAUUUGGAUUGGGUCGUAAACGAGAUAUGCCAAACGCGACAAAAUGGUAUCGAAAGGCUGCCGAAGGAAAAUCAGCAGAGGCACUCAACAAUCUUGGUCGAUUAUAUGAGCUAGGACGAGGAUGCCAAGUAAGCCAUGUUUUAGCUACAGAAAUGUAUAAACGAGCGGCUAAACUGGGUCACCUUGAUGGAAUCACCAACUACGCAUUCAUGAUCGAGAAUGGGUUAGGAGUAGCACAGGAUUUACGGAUGGCAGUGGAAUUGUAUCGAUCCGCAGCCGAUAUGGGGUAUGCUCGUGCUCAAAAUGCAUUGGGAAGCUGCUACUAUCGAGGUCGAGGAAUUCGCCGCGAUCACACAGAAGCAGUCAUUUGGUAUCGAGCUGCAGCUGAUCAGGGAUUUCCGCCAGCACAAAAUAACUUGGGAAUUUGCUAUGAAGAAGGAAAUGGCAUUGGAAAAGAUAACAUCAUGGCUAAAGCGUAUUACCAAAAGGCAGCGGAUCUUCGACAUCCAAGCGGUACCAACAAUUUAGGAUAUAUGCUAUUGACGGAAGGAGAUUAUAUUGCAGCAAUGCAGUAUUUUCAUGUUGCGUUAUCAUUGGGAAGGUACGUAUUACAAUACUGA